AUGAUCGUAACUUCUUUGUCGCACGUAGGAACAUCAACACGUGAGAACGGUUCUCAUUUGGUACCGCAAAACGCCAACGCCCAGCACGCCAUCAUUAAGUGCCGAUCGCUCUUCCAGUCGCACGGCACUCUGAGCAUCGUCACUGGUGUGGCCUCAUUAAUCGCCUUGGAGGCUCGCAAGCUCAUGCAGCGUACCGGGGUGGACCUCCAUGCACUCUUUGCCAAAGAGCCUUUGGUGGACUAA